UCAGCAGUCUCGUCUUCGGAGCUUCGCCGGCAUUUCGACUCGGGCCAACUUGAGAGACUUCGCUGUCUUCAGCUCGGACGAACCAGAGCAAAAACGAUGGCGUUUUCCAAGGAAGCGCGGUAGAAAAGAAGGAACCUUUAAGUCUGCGGGCACGGCGGCAGAACUUCCAGGAGAGACCCCGUCCCGCCGCACCCACAGCUCAGCUUCGAAGGCAUUUUGUUGAAAAGAUGGUUCUUUAUUUGGAUACUUUUGUUCAUUUCAUGCUCAUGCUUUUGAACCAUUGGAUAGUCUCAACUCUAUGUCUAAAUCUUGAGGAUCCAAAUGUGUGUAGCCACUGGGAGAGUUAUUCUGUUACAGUGCAAGAAUCCUAUCCCCAUCCUUUUGAUCAGAUUUACUACACCAGCUGUACAGACAUACUGAACUGGUUUAAGUGUACACGACACAGAAUCAGCUAUCGAACCGCUUAUAGGCAUGGAGAAAAGACUAUGUAUAGACGGAAAUCUCAGUGUUGCCCAGGAUUUUAUGAAAGCAGGGAAAUGUGCAUUCCUCACUGUACUGAUAAAUGCAUUCAUGGCCGUUGCAUUGCUCCAAACACCUGUCAGUGUGAGCCUGGCUGGGGUGGACCCAACUGUUCAAGUGGAAGACCAGAAUGGUGA